AUGGAUACUUUAAUGCUGCGCGACGAAGCCACGCGCGAGCGUGUGCGCAAGGCCCAGGAAUUCCUUGACCCCCAUGACCAGAGUGUCCGCAGCUACAGGUCCGACAUCAUUCUUAUGCUCCAGAGGAACAAUCGGCGCCUCGUAGUCAACCUCGACCAUGUGCGCGACCACGAUCCCGAGAUGGCGGAGGGACUCCUCCUCACGCCCUUCGACUACACGCUCGCCUUCAACCAGGCCCUAAAGGAGGUCGUCCGCGCACUCCCACCAAACCAGGUGCGGCCCGACCAGACAGACGAUGAGGUCAUGUACUACUGCGCAUGGGCGGGCAGCUUUGGUCUGCAUGCGUGCAACCCCCGCACGCUGUCGGCGCAGAACCUGAAUCAUAUGGUUUCCGUCGAGGGUAUCGUCACACGGUGCUCGCUCAUCAGACCCAAGAUCAUCAAGAGCGUGCAUUACAAUGAAGCCGAAAACAAGUUCCACUUCCGGGAGUAUCGGGACCAGACCAUGACGAAUGGACAGACGACGAAUAGCGUGUACCCGCAGGAGGACGACAAGGGGAACUCGCUUGUGACCGAGUACGGGUGGUGCACGUACAGAGACCACCAGACCAUCUCAAUACAGGAGAUGCCUGAGCGGGCGCCGGCAGGACAGCUGCCGCGAGGUGUCGACGUCAUCCUCGACGAUGAUCUGGUGGACAAAGUCAAGCCUGGUGACCGCAUACAGAUGGUGGGCAUCUAUAGGACUCUGGGAAACAGGAAUACCAACCACAACAGUGCACUGUUCAAGACAGUCAUCCUCGCCAACAACGUGGUCCUCCUCUCCUCCAAGUCGGGCGGUGGCGUGGCCACUGCCACAAUUACCGACACGGAUCUGCGGAAUAUCAACAAAGUUGCCAAGAAGAGGAACCUGUUUGAGCUGCUCUCGCAGUCUCUAGCUCCUAGUAUAUACGGUCAUGACUAUAUCAAGAAGGCCAUCCUGCUGAUGCUUCUUGGAGGCAUGGAGAAGAAUUUGGAGAAUGGCACGCACUUGCGUGGUGACAUCAACAUCCUCAUGGUUGGUGAUCCCUCGACUGCCAAGUCGCAGCUCCUGCGGUUCGUCCUCAAUACCGCUCCUCUGGCUAUUGCUACAACUGGUCGUGGCUCUUCCGGUGUCGGUCUGACGGCUGCUGUCACCUCUGACAAAGAGACGGGCGAGAGGCGCCUGGAGGCAGGUGCCAUGGUCAUGGCUGACCGUGGUGUGGUUUGUAUCGACGAAUUCGACAAGAUGUCCGACAUUGACCGUGUGGCCAUCCACGAAGUCAUGGAGCAGCAGACCGUCACCAUUGCCAAAGCAGGCAUCCACACCUCGCUCAACGCCCGUUGCAGCGUUGUGGCAGCCGCCAACCCCAUUUUUGGCCAGUACGACCCGCACAAGGACCCCCACAAGAACAUCGCUCUGCCGGACUCCCUGCUCUCGCGUUUCGAUCUUCUCUUUGUCGUCACUGACGACAUCGAGGACACCCGUGACCGACAGGUUUCAGAACACGUCCUGCGCAUGCACAGGUACCGCCGACCAGGGACCGAGGAGGGCGCGCCAGUGCGCGAAAAUACCCAGCAAUCUCUCAGCGUCGGCGGCCAAACACGCAGCGAGGCCGAGAAGCCCACCGAGAUGUUCGAGAAGUACGACGCCAUGCUCCACGCCGGCGUGACGCGGCGAAGUGGCUCCUCCAGCACGCCCAAGGUCCUCAGUAUUCCCUUCAUGAAGAAGUACAUCCAGUAUGCCAAGAACCGUAUCAAGCCUGUCCUGACGCAGGAUGCUGCAGACCGGAUAGCAGAUAUCUAUGUUGGCCUGCGCAACGAUGACCUGGAGGGCAACCAGCGCAGAACGUCACCCAUGACGGUGCGUACUCUUGAGACGCUCAUUCGUCUGGCCACUGCGCAUGCCAAGUCCCGCCUGUCGAACCGCAUCGAUGAGCGUGAUGCCCUGGCAGCCGAGUCCAUCCUGCGCUUCGCCCUCUUCAAGGAGGUUGUUGAAGAUGAGUCUCGCAAGAAGAGGCGGCGCACGACCGCGCAACCUACACUGAGCUCAGAUGAGGACAGCGAUGACUCCAGUGAUGAAGAUGGUGGCGAGGCUGCCUACCGUGCGUCUGCGGCGAGAAACAGCCGGUCGGCGAGAGCGUCGGCACGUGCCAACCGGAGCAACGGACGGCGGAGUGGCGUUAAUGGCACCAGUGAGUCGUUCGCCUCGUCUCUGCCCGCGUCGCAACUCGAGUCGCAGAGCGCGGGCGAGUCGCAGCAAGACUCACAGCUGGCCAGCAGCGCGGCUGGCCUCAGUCUGGAAAACCCGAUUAGCGACCAGAGGCUGGCGGCGUUCAGGUCUGCUCUGGGCCCGCUGAUGAACACCAACUUGUUCGAGGAGGAUGCUGCCGAGGUGGACCAGCUGAUCGAGCGCGUCAACGGACGGCUGGGUUCGAGAAGCGGUGGUGCUUUUGGCAGAGAAGAGGCGCUGAAGGCGUUGAAGAAGAUGGAUCAACUUAAUGAAAUUAUGUGA